UGCCUCUCCUGGAGCCUUAUAACCAGAUGCCUGUUCUUCAGACGCACAUACCCAAGAAACGCUCCGGACUUGAGCACAGUUACGACCCCGGAGAGCAGACAGAAAGCAACCUGACGGAAUAUACGCAGUUCGCAUUUGUUUGUUUUCCUCCGAGAAAAGCGUCUUGGCUGAGCGAAGAAGACAUGGAUUUUCUGAACCACAACUACUUGAGCGCGCGCACACCCUACGAUUACACCUUCAAUUUUUGGAAUGACUAUCUCGGCCUCUCCACGCUGGUCACCAAGAACAACAAGCACAGCGUCCCCCAGAGUCCCAACUCCAUCACGGAGUCUCUGAAAGCCACUCUGGGCUUGGACGACAGCCCCCCGUGCCCGUGCGUAAUCGCGGCCGGCGGCGACGGCGACAGCGGAGGACACCUGGACUCCUGCUGCUGCCCCCCGCCCGCCUCCAUCUCCAUCCUGGACCUGAAGGAGCGCUUCUCCAUCCUGAGCCCCUUCCAGAACCAGGGCACGGGAGGGCUGCUGUCCUCCUCCCAGGAGCGGGAGAUGGGCAUCGGAGGGAGCUUCGCAGGUUUUGAUCUGUUCGGCGUGGAGAGGAAGAUGAGGAAACCGACAGCGCGCAAUAAGCAGGAGCCCAAGAUCUGCGUCUUCUGUCGGAAUAACGGCGCGCCGGAGGAGGUGUACGGAUCGCACGUCCUGAAAACCCCGGACGGGAGGGUGGUGUGCCCGAUCCUGCGGGCGUACACUUGCCCCCUGUGCAGUGCCAACGGGGACAACGCGCACACAAUAAAAUACUGCCCUCUCUCCAAAGACCAGCCUGCCCAGAGAGUGCUGAAGGGAGGCAGAGCUGUGGGUGGUAAGCGAGUGAAAAUCUUCUAAAAAAGACUCCUAUAGACUUACAUGUAUUGCACUGAACAUUUUCUUUCGGAUGACUGUUCUGAUUGACUGGCUUUCCGAGUCUUAACUACUAGGCAAACAAAUAAGAUGAUAUCAAUGUUUUGUUAAACGGAGAAAAAAAAAGGAAAAAAAAAAAUCUCUUAUAUUUUUAUAGAUACUUUAUUUCCAUAGUUUAUUGCAUACUUUAUUCAUAAAAAAGCUAUUUUUUCCUUUUCACGCAUAGGUUUUAGAUGUUUAUUCACGAUUCAUAGUCACGUUUUGUGUGAAAUAAGAUGUUAUUUUUCUUUAAAAUGGGAAAACGUGAAUGUUGGCACCAGAGAAGUUGCUAAUUCUGUUCAACUCAAGUAUUUUCUUUACUGUAAGCUAAGCUUACACCUCGUUUUUGUCUUUAAACCAAAGUUUAUUUUGCCAUUAAGCGAUUUUAAAGAAUGUUCCACAUGUCUUCAUUUAUGAACUUUAGUCCCAUUCCGCUCUCUCUUGAAAGUCCACUCCGCAAUUUCCUGAUAUUUGCCAGCACGGACGCGCAGAGCAACACAAUAGAGGCUCUGUUGCGCGUUCAUGUUGUCAGCAUAACUUCAUAAUCGGCCAAAUUAUUUCCAACCCCACUGACAGAGCUGGGCAUUUUACAUUGCAGGGUCCAUGUUACAGAAGUUACAUUAGUAAUAUUAAGUGAAUUUCCAGCAGCUCCAGAAAGCAGUGUUGCUCAUUAGUGCGUAGCAUAAACGCUGUAAUGUAAAGUGUGACCGCAGGCUAUUCUUCUGUAUGAGGUGCCCUUUCAAUGUUUACACCCCUAGUAAGGGGAACACACACUGGAUGAAAAAAUAAAAAUAAAAA